AUGCACUGCGAAAAAUAUACGCCGGAAAUCCGCGAAUUGCUGCCCGUAAGGGAACACAGAUGCCCACGAUGUCCCAACCUGGUCUUUGGCAACCUGAGUCACUACCAGCUGCACCUGCGCCAGCGCCACCAGGAGGUACUCCCAACCCUGCACAGUGGCGGCAAUACGGCUUUCCAUUGUCCUGCGGAAAAGUGCAUCUACCAUGUGGCCACCAAGGGGGCGAGGAGCUUCACCAGCCUGCGCCUGCUGCGCCAGCACUACCAGAAGAGCCACCUGGACAAGAAGUACAAGUGCCAGGAGUGCGGCGAGAAGUUCCUCCUCCAGCAUCAUUUGGAGAAGCAUAAAUGCGAGGAGCACAGGUGUCCCGUCUGCGAACUCACCUACAACAGCAAGGCGAGCUUAAGGACGCACAUGCGUCGCAAGAAUCACCUGGUGGAGCAGGCACAGGAAUCCGAGAAGGUGGCCAUUCCCACGUUGGCCAACUGGAGGAAACUAAACCCUGUUCCGGCUAAUCCUGCUCCUGUCGAGGAAGUGGCCACUAUUUUGACCCCUCAGGAGGAUUAUAUAUCCUCCAACUUGGCUGUGGUCACUGAGUUUUCAGCUGAGCCGGCCAACAUCUCCUCCACUCUUGAUUCUAUCAACGAAUUACCUCCUGAAGAGCACAUUCUCUGCUUUCUGCCCAUUAUGGAUGUGCCCUAUGAGCUGUCUUCCCAGAAACUGGACAUGGAAACCCAAACGGAGGAGGAUGAUCUGAAUGAGAUUAGGAACGAAGUGUUGGCACCUUUGUUAAGGGACAUAGAAACCCAAACGCCCGACACCAGAGGAGAUAUUGGCACGAUGACUGAUGAUUUUCCAGAUGAGCAGGAGCAGUCACAAAUGACACAACCUGUUCCAGUGGGAAGCCACUUCCCCACCUAUUCAGAAAAUGAACCCAUGUUUGAUCUGCAAACUUCCGCCCACAUGUACACACAGACCUGCGAUGAUCUCUUCGAGGAACUGGGACUGUCCCACAUCCAAACGCAGACCCAUUGGCCAGAUGGUGGCCUCUACAACACGCAGCACACUCAGACCUGCGACGAAAUAAUGGAUGAACUCUUCCCAGACAACUUUCAGUCGACUUGCACGCAAACUAUGUUUCUGGAUUGGCAGGACACUGGAGAAGGCGAAAGUUAG